AUGAGAUACCACGACACAGUAGUGUAUCUAAACAGUCUUCGGGAAAAAAUUUCGCAGUCGCUACAGGAAUCAUCGAACGAAGAUAAGUUUAUACUUGCUUCCAACGUGCUGUCGGAAAUAAACCACUAUAUACCGAAGCUGGCAGCGGAUCCGAACCACUCGUUGGUGUUGGAGGAGUUGUUUGAGCUGUUGGUAAUGUCUCUGGAGGACGGAGGCCACUUCGGGGAGAAGAGGGAGCUGGGCCUGAAGGUGUUGACGAACCUGCUCACGAGCGGAGAGUUCGCAAACCUGGCAAAAGAAACGUUCGGGUCCCACGUACUGCAGACGGCAAUAAACUGUGUGACGUCCUUCGUAAAAUUUGAUAAAAAGUUCGACACUCUGCUGAUGCACAUCGCGAAUAAAAUAGAGGAGGAGUGUUUGUUUGAGCUCGCACACCACGUCUCAGGGUCCUAUAUACUGCGUUCAAUAAUGUCGUCGCUGGUCAACGAACUGUAUAAGAAGAAAGCGCCAACGAAGAAACACGUUCUCGAGGAGGUGCACGUGGACAAGGAGAAAAUACCAGAAUGGCGAAAAGAAAAGCUGUUCCACUGGGGAACAUUGUUUCUGAAAGAUAUGAAAAGCACGUCGAAGACGACGCAGUCCUCAGCGACGUUCUCACUGUUAGUGACACUGUUGCACGCGACAGACCAACUGGAAAAGGAAGACAUGUUGCUGUCAAUAAUAAUGGAAACGAUACCCCUGCUGAAGAAUUCGAAGAACACGAGCUACAUUCUGCAGACGAUAAUGCCGCUCUGCACAAACGUGGAGUACACAUACAUAUACAAUAACCUGGUGGUGAAGGACCUGGAAAACAUAUGCAACGAUUUGUACCUGAACUACGUAGUACAGUCGUUUAUAGAAAACAGCCACUUUCAAAAGUCGCACCUGGAGUUCAUGAUAGAGAAUCUUAAUAUUAAAAAUCUGGCAAAUUCGAAGAGCAGCUCAAUCGCAUGGAAGCUGUGUAAAGCGUGCAUCGACCUGUACACGUGCCAGGAGCAGUUCUAUAAAAAGCUGCUGGAUGACUUUGGAGUGAAGGAGGAAAACAGGUUCUGGUUUGUGGUGACCUCCGCAGGAAGAAGCGACUCGGAGAUACUGCUGAGGCCCUCAGGAUGCUCAGUGCUGACCUACCUGGUUAAGUUCCAAAAGUCAGUGAUAGGAGAGGCGGUGUCCUCGUUUAAGCACUUCCUGAACCACGCAGUGGAAAGCGGGAAGUUCGUGGAGGUCUGCUGCGACGUGUACUUCUCGCGAGUGCUGCAGAACGUCUUCGACGUGAGGCUGGCGCUCCUCCCGGAGAAGUACGUGAGGAAGCUGCUGCCAGUGUUCGAGGCGAGCCUGGUGGAGCUGUGUCUGGACAUAGGAGGCUCCCACGUGCUCUACGGCUUCUUCAGCCUCCUGAGGGCCCAGGACAAGGUGGCCCUGCUGUCAAAGAUGCUGGACCACUACGAAACGAUCAAGUCGAGGAACAGUAAGUUCGCAAGAAUGGUGAAUCUGUCGGAGUUCAAGGCAAACAGGAAGCUGUAUAUAAAGAAGCUGGAAAAGAACGAGUCGGUAAGAGAGUUGUUCAAGGAUAUAGUGGGAUGA